AUGACAGUGAGCGACGUUGCCAUCCACUGGAUGCCCUUGAUUGAGUCGAUGGAGCAGAGUGUUGGUAACAUUGGCAAGAUGCUGCUCAUGGCGGGACAGAGCGAAUGCUUUCAAAAGGUACGCCUGGAAGCUGAAGAGAGGAAGGAGGCGCUGCUCCGGCACAAGGAUGAUGGUGACAUGAGGACGCACUGCCCCGAGAUGCCGCUGCACUAUCGCACUGCCAAUGGCGGUCCUGAUGUCAGCGAUCACCGCACGGCGUAUCCGUCGAUGCUCUUCGCACGUGCCCAUCGUUCAAGGCCGCCCUUGCCAGCCAUCGACCGCGCCAUCCGAACCGCCAUCCGUGACGGCCCGUACAGCACCGAUGACCGUCCAAGGCUUGCCACUUGGUUCCAAGCACAGACGUAUCGUGCUGGUGUGAAGAUUGCAUGCACGGCACGUACUCUGGCAAUAUUGAGUCGAUGCAUCCCACUUGCGUAUUGGAACGAGGGCCGCUACCACAUCCUGUUUGAGUACAGUGACGCACCAUGUCUCCCCUGGCAUGCAGAACACCCCAUUCUUGCAAAGGUUGGCCUGAGUGAAUUCCACCACCGUGACGGCCUCGAUCUGUCCAUGUCACUCUUCUCCAUUGUGACAUUCAUUCAUUCACACCGGAGCAGCGACGCGUUCCACCCGCGCAAACAGGAAUAUCCUCGUCACCUUCAGGGGCACUGCCACGUCUGCUCGUUCUUGAUGCCAUGCGCAACCACCUCCCCAAGCUUCACAACGACAGGGACACUGUGUUGGUGUGCGCGUGCCGGUGGUUUGGCGAAGAGCGAUUGGGCCGUGAGGGGGAAGGUUGGGUAUGACCCCUCGUGUAAGCAGGCAGAGGAAGAGUUCAACACGCACACGUACACGGAGCUGGCGCUGGAGACCAAGUUUGGGCUCAUCGUCGAAGGAUUUGGCUACCACUCCUUCAGCCCUACCAGGACCUGCUGGACUGGGAGACGUUCAGCAUUCGCAUUCCCCGAGCACAGGCUCCUCGAGCUUCCGAGGAUCCUGCGGUCGAUCCCUGAUGAGGUGGUGGAGAUGAUGCGGAGACGCGUUGUGUUUAUGUUUGAGGAGUUCUUCAAGUCCCUCUCCACCCAAGUGCGCACAGCACUGCUGGAGUCUGCCAGGAUCAACCUCUUCAGCGGCGACAACGCGUGGCAGAGGGCCCUUGAGCCAGCAGCUGUCACCCCCUCCUGCACCAACCACCACUGCUCUGGUGGGAUGAACAGACGGGCGCUGCCAUGUGAUGACCAUCCAGCCACGCUUGUGCGGCUGCGGAAGCAGCAACACCAGCAACACACCACAGACAAGCAAGCGAUGAGCAACCCGCUGCUUAUAUUCCCUUCUCUUUCUCGCCCUCCCUGGCGGCCAUCACAACAACAACAACAGCAGCAGCCAACACACCCUCCACCGCCGAUGCAGCAGCAGCAGAGAAUGCACCACCACCACCACUUGCAGCUGAACACAUUCCCCAGCACCAGGCAAGCAACCGCUGCUGGCGGAAGCUGGCUGGUACUGCUGGGAACAGGUGGCGACAGCACAAGUUACAUUUUCGGCUGGAAGCAGCAGCAGAGGUGA